AUGCAGAGACGUUUAAAUCCUAAUAUGAAGGAAGUUGUCCGCACAGAGGUGCUCAAAUUAUUAGAUGCGGGUAUUAUAUACCCCAUCUCUGAUAGUAAAUGGAUAUUGCCUUUGCAUUUGAUGAAGCAUGUGUUUGCAACUUUUGAGAAGCUAAAAUCGCUGUUGACUUCUGCCCCUAUUAUCCAACCACCCGAUUGGAACCUCUCAUUUGAACUCAUGUGUGAUGCGUCCAAUUAUGCGGUUGGUGUUGUCCUUGGCCAACGACGUGAUAAAGCACCUAGUAUGAUUUAUGAUGCUAAAUUUACUCUAGAUAUUCGUGAUAAGAAAGGAUCUGAAAAUGUAGUAGCUGACCAUUUAUCCCGUAUCCUUGAUGAGACUAGAGAUGAUGAGAGACCGAUCCAUGACACGUUCCCUGAUGAACAAUUAUCUUCCAUCUCUGUGUUACCUUGGUUUACACCUAUCAUCAACUAUUUGGUAACUGGUCAAAUGCCCGACCAUUGGUCUAAACAGGAUAGAGCUAAAUUCUUGUCUGAGGUUAAAUACUUUUUCUGGGAUGAUCCGUACUUAUUCAAAUAUUGCCCUGAUCAGAUCAUUCGUCGUUGUAUUCCUGACAACGAAAUCUCCAGUGUUUUGACUUUUUCUCAUUCUAGAGCUUGUGGAGGUCACUUUAUUGUUGACUAUGUGUCUAAGUGGGUAGAAGCAAUAGCUACCAAGACAAAUGAUCGCCACGUUGUGAUCAAGUUUGUUAGAGACAAUAUUUUCUCUCGAUUUGGUAUGCCUAGAGCAAUCAUUAGUGAUGGAGGUUCCCAUUUUUGUAAUCGGUCUUUUGAGGCACUCAUGAAGAAAUACUCCAUUACCCAUAAGGUUUCUACACCUUACCACCCACAAACUUGUGACCAAAAAACAAAAAUAUUUCAUGAUAAAUCGAUAAUUGUUUUUCCUCAUGGUGCAGUUGAAGUUGAAAAUCCUAAAAAUGGAGAAACUUUCAAGGUUAACGAUCAACGGUUGAAACCAUUCUUGGAGUUACCCAGUCAUGCAAUGGAAGAAUCGGAGUUGAGAGAUCAUGUCUACCAGGAUUAA